AUACAGAAAGAAUAGCCGAAUUAGAGGGCAAAAUAAACGACAAAACUACUAGAAUGGCAAAAAUAUUGGGGGAGUAUGAAAAAUUAGAGAAAGAGGUGGAAGAGAUGAAAGAGGAGUUAAAAACUUUGAAAGAGGAAAAAGUUCAAAAGGAAACUGAUAAUGCUAAUGCUUUAACAAAACUUGCGGACAAAAUAUUAGAAUUAGCAGAAAGGUUAAAAAAAAUAGAUGAAGAAUUAGAUAAAAAAACCUUAUCCCUAGAACAAAAAAACCAAGAGCUUCAAGAAACAAAAACUAAACUCCAAGCCUUACAGACUGAACGGGAUGACAUAAAUGCUCUAUUGGGGGAGAAAAUUAAUGAAAUAAAUAAAUCUAGUUUAGACAACCAGGAGAAAUCAAGGAAAAUUAACAA